UCUUUCAAAGUGUGUCUAAAGCAAAGGCUCAGAAAUUGGACCAAGACUGACCAAGCAACAGCAAGCUGAGAAGUUAUGGAUAUUGCCAUUCAGUACCCGUGGUUCAGACGUGCCCUGAACUACCCCCCUCGCCUCUUUGACCAGUUCUUUGGUGAAGGUCUAUUUGAUCAUGACCUUUUCCCUUUUUCUUCCUCUACCAUCAGCCCUUACUAUCGCCACUCCCUCUUCCGCAGUUUUCUGGACUCCUCCAACUCUGGCAUCUCUGAGGUGAGGUCUGACAGGGACAGGUUCAUGGUUUACCUAGAUACAAAGCACUUCUCUCCUGAGGAACUCAACGUAAAGGUGGUAGAUGACUAUGUGGAGAUUCAUGGCAAGCAUGCAGAGAGACAGGACGACCAUGGCUACAUCUCACGAGAGUUCCACCGCCGCUACCGUCUUCCCUCCAACGUGGAUCAGUCAGCCAUCACCUGUUCACUUUCAGGUGAUGGCCUGCUCAACAUCUGUGGCCCAAAAACAAGUGGCUCAGAAUAUGGGCGUGGAGAUCGCACCAUUCCUGUCACCCAAGAUGACAAAACCAAUCCUGCCCCUUCCUCUUAGACAAGUGGUUGAGGGGAUAUGAGCAUGGCUCAACAGGGGCUCAAUUUAAAUCUUUAGAUUAUUAUUAUUAUCUAGUAUAAAAGGGACAAACAGAUUAAGAGGGAUGGAUGGCCACUGUUUGGGAAGUUCUUUCAAAUCUGACCGCUCUAGAAUGUAACCAGAUUUAGGAAGCUGAUUUACUUUUCUUUGAAGAAGUUCAAAAGUGCAAAAAAAAUGUUUUUUUGGUUAAAAAAAAAGAUUUCUGUUAAGUAGGGCUAUGAUUUGCAAGA